UUCCAGUUCUCGUAGCCGGACACCACAGAUGAAGCCGAACUGUGAAGGAUUGGCUGCUGGAGCUCUGUUUUGGUUUUUGGAUUUACGUGUGUCUACUCGUCUGCUGGCGUUUUUUUUAAAAUAUAAUACAACGCUAAAUAAAACAAUCUAAUAUAACGAUAAAUAAAACCAUCUCUCCCUCCAUUAGACUAAUAUAGAAUUGGUAAAUGAUUUGCUACGGCUCCAAACACGAUGGUGUAUCAUUGUUGUGCAUAUAACUGUAAAAACACUGCGAGGAACAAGAGUCUCUCAUUCCACAAAUUCCCGCUGAAAGACCCCAACUUGCUGAAAAAGUGGCUUAACAAUUUAAGAUGGAAAGACUGGAAACCUGCUCCAAACAGUAAAAUCUGCUCCAUCCACUUUGAAAAGAAGUGUUUGAUUGAAGAUGGGAAGAGAGCAAGACUUCAUUCAUGGGCUGUGCCGACCCUCUUUUCCUUCCCAAAUCGAUAUCUAGAGAGAAAGGUUAAAAUCAAUCCUAGAAGCAAAAGAGCUUUGGGAAUUGUUGCUGACUCAAACUCAUCUGGUCAAGCAGCACCUGACGCGACAGCAGGAACUUCACAGAAGUCUAACUCAGAAAAACCUGAGGACAGAACUACAGAGAGUUUACAGCCGAACACAUCCAAAGGUAGUUCUAGCCAGAUGAGAACAAACCAAAAGAGCGUUUCCACACAGCAACCGACAGAACCGGAAAAAAGUCAACCGUGGACCAUCCUGGGUGAUGAAGCUCUCGACAGAAGCAUGACUAUACCCAGUUUCUUUCACAGUGGAUAUUGUUUGCCCGAUAACAUCCACUGGGCUGGAGAUGAUGAAUUAAAUAUUAUGCCGCAUGUGGCUUAUGGAGUUUUAGGACAAAUGAAGCCCCAUAUCAUCGAGGUUAAAGAGAGGUGGGAAUGGCUCGGGCUGGAUGUUAGAGGCCCGUUCUCUCCCACAGUAGACCAGCACACGCACAUCAUGACCCUGACUGACUACCAUUCCAAAUGGGUGGAAGCUUUCCCUCUGACUCAGAAUCUCAGUCAGGAUGUGGCCACGUGUCUCGCUGAAGUCAUCCAUCAGCAGGGAUACCCUCUCGGAAUUCUCUCCCGGCUUCCCAAGCGGAUCCUCAUGGAAGUUAACCGUGAGUUGAAGAAACGUCUGAGGUUGAAUUCAAGCGCUUUAGUCAUACAUCACCGGCAAACUGGUUACAUGGACUUGGUCACCGAAUCACUUCUUAAUGAGAUGCUGGAUGAGCUGGUGAAGAAGCACGGCAGCAUCUGGCAUAUCCUCCUCCCUGCUGCCACUCUGCGCCUCUGCUGCACCAAUCACCCCACGACCAAAGAGAAACCCUUCACCCGCAUGUGUGCCAGUGACCCGCCGUUCUCAUCCGCACCCAGAGAACUCCCUUACAGUGCCACUGAUGUUCGCUUGAGUUCUUUUGUCAUCCCAACCACUGAUGCCAACAAUCUAGGAGCUGUGUCAGACACUUAGGUGCACUCUCUGAAGAAUCAGAUUUUUUCCCAGUAAAAAAAAAACAUUUUGUCAUAUUUGCUUGACCUCAGCAUUUCACUUACACUUUGCAGUACUACAAAAUGUUUUUUUGUUUUUUUUUUUUUUUUUACCAAAAUAAGAUGAAAUAAGAGGGAGAGAGAAAAAAAUACCCCAUUCAAAAGUUUACAUACACUUGAAAUGUAAUACUGGAUGAGACAGAGUGUUUUUGUUUUUUUUGUCUUGAACAGUUAAACUGCCCGCUGUUCUUCUAUGAUUUUGAGAUCAAUCUUUUCACACUGAGGACAACUUUGGGUCUCAUACACAACUAUUACUAUUACAGAACAGUCAUUGAUGCUCCAGAAGGACACACGAUGCAUUAAGAGUGUAAACCUUUGAACAGAAUGAAGAAAGAAUGAAAUAGAAUAAAGUUGACAUUUUUCUCAUAUUGCCUAAAUAUCAUAUUUUUUGUUUAGUACUGCUCUUCAGAAGCUACAGAAGAUACUUGCAUGUUUCCCAGAAGACCAAAUAAGUAAAAUUUACCCUGAUCUUCAGAUUCUAAAAGUUUUCACCCCCCGGCUCUUAAGGCAUUGUGUUUUCUUCUGGAGCAUCAGUGAGCGUUUAAAUCUUCUGGAAUGGUUGCAUAUGAGUCCAUCAGUUGUCCUCGGUGUGAAAAGAUGGAUCUCAAAUUCAUACAGUCAUUGUUGGAAAGGUUUCAAAUAUGCAAAUGUUGCUAGAAAACCAACGAAUUUGUGGGACUGGAAGUAUUUUUCUGAAGAACAGUUUAACUGUUCAGGACAAACAAGGGACUCGGGAACAAGGGAACAACUAUCACUAAAGAAAGAAUACACAGCAUGUUGAUCAUUCAGGAAACAACACAAUAUUAAUAAUCUAAAUUUUGAAUGGGGUCAUUUUUAUAAAUAAACUAUUAUUUUCUCUUGUGGAAUAUAUACACGUCUUUUAUUCAGGUCAGUAAUAAAUAAAAAAUAACAUGCAUUUUGUAUGAUCCCUCUUAUUUAAAAAAAAAAAUAAUCUGCAAAAUGUAUGUAAAAUUUUGACCACAAUUGUACAUAGACUGUAAAUAGAGAAGCAAAUGUGCACUGUUGUUCCACUGUUGCCUUGUACAAAUAGAAAUUAAAUCAUUUUUAAAACCAUAAAAGAA